GCCAUACACAACAGCGCUCUGCUGCGUGGCAACAAAGGAUGGUGAGCAUCCCCUGAAGAUGUGCAACCAGAACAGCUUGCGCUUCUAUGAUGAUGUCGCUUACGACCCAGUCUUCAACGGCUUGGUUUGCGAGGAAGAUGAGGGCAACCGUUUGGCCAAGGCCAUGGGGGACAAGCUGGCGCUCCUGCAGCGCCACCACGGCGUCAUCGUGUGCGGCGCUACGGUAGCGGAGGCCUUUGACGACCUCUAUUACCUGGAAAGGGCAGCCAUGGUGCAGGUUCUGGCUGCGUCUACAGGAGCCGAGCUGCAUGUGGUGGAUAACAUGACAGCCAAGGCCACAAAGCAGGAGCAGGACAAGAUCAAGCCUGCGUAUGCCAAGGCUCAUCUGGAGGCUUGGAAGCGCGAGCUCCGCCGGACGGAAGGCAGCAGCAGCUUUGGGGGCAUGCUGCCAGUUGUGGCUGCUAGCAUGCUGGCGCUCACGACGCUGUUCCUGCUGCGCGGCCGAUGA